CAGACCGAAGCUCUCGCCGUCUCUUCUGCCGUCUUCACCUCCCCGAUUCCGUUUCUCUCGCUUUGGGCCUGGAAUGACUGUGACUGCUGCUCGGUGGGUUCUGCAGUGGAGGGAGGCUCAGGCACAGAUUCUCCUCGUCUGAGAAGGUCCUGCCGACACACCGAGCCAGAACAACAGCGGCGCAUCGACUGCAGGGCUCAGAAAUUAACAGACGGGGACACCAUGGAAGCCCCUCUCGUGUGUUUGGAUGAGGAGUUUGAGGACCUCCGGCCCUGCCGCAUGGACGAGCUGGACUACCCACUCAAACACACCUCUUACUCCACCACCACCACCGUCCCAAUGGCCUCCAUCACCCGCGAAGACUUCUCCGAGCUGGAGAACUUCUCUGAGAUGAUGAGCUUCAAGUCGAUGGAGGACCUGGUGAACGAGUUCGACGAGAAGCUCAAUGUGUGCUUCCACAAUUACAACACCAAGACGGAGGUCCUGGCGCCCAUACGCAACCAGUCGCACAACCAGGAGGAUGAGGAGCAGCUGCAGGAUGAAGAUGUGUGGGACGCUCUAACUGACAACUACAAUUCCACCUGGGACGGCACCGACUCAGAGGGACUCAACGGCAAUCUUUCUGAACAAGAGAUCCACGAAAAAGAGGAGGAGGAGAUGAAUGAGAAGAAUGACAAUGCCAACUGCCUGAAGGAAGAGCCUCUCAUCACAGCUGAUCAGGUCAUUGAGGAGAUAGUCGAGAUGAUGGAGAACUCUCCGGAUCCCGGCGAAACUGAGGAGGAGGAUGAAGAGGAGAGCAGCCACAGCUCCUCCAGGACCAACCCCUCCCUACUGGAGGAGAUCAGGCAGCUGUCACAGGCCUCCAACAACAACUGCUCCUACGAAGGCCUGAGCCUGAUGCCCAGCUCGAUGCUCGUCGAGCUGCUGCAGAGGGUAGAGGCCGCCAUCCUCGAGUACUCGGGGGAGCUGGUCAGCCAGCUGGCUCGGCGCGAGGAGCUGGAGUUCGAUAAAGAGGUGAAGAACACGUUCAUCACGGCCCUGAUGGAGGUGCAGAACAGGCAGAAGGAGCAACGGGACAGCAGCAAGCGCCGCCGCCGGGACAAGGCCCUGAGCCUGCAGGGGGGGGCGAUGUCCCCCGUGAACGGAGGGAACACCGUCGCCACGGGCAACGCGGAGAAGACGAGCAGCAUGCCCGUCAAGCGUUUCAGCAUGGAGGGACUGUCCAACAUCCUGCAGACGGGCAUCAGACAGACAUUCGGGAGCACAGGGAAUGAGAAACAGUAUCUAAACACAGUCAUUCCAUUCGAGAAGAAGGCCUCCCCUCCAUCUGUUGACGACCUGCAGAUGCUCACAAAAAUUCUUUAUGCCAUGAAGGAGGACAGUGAGAAGGUACCUACUCUGCUGACCGACUACAUAUUGAAAGUCUUGUGUCCUACCUAAAGCGCCGCUGGGCCGGGGGCCGCCGCGUGAUGGGGAUCUCUUUUCCAACCCUCCUCUCCUCGGGCCCCGAGCUGCAUGACCUGCCAUCCUUUACCUUUAUCAACCAUGGAUCCUCACCAUCGACAUCAUUGUACUCACACCGACGACGACGACUGCCUUUCGCUGAGCUCACCCUCUCCCCUCCCACACGGCGAGCUCAGGCCAGCUCCAAAAUGGCCGCCAUCCGAAUAGUCAAACGAGUGGGACGGCCUCUCCCACGUUUAAAAAGGGACUUCGCUAAUGGAGCACGGCAUGCUAAUAAAUAUCACAACACCACUUUGGGACAGGGAUACAACGUUAUCGUUCUUUUUUUAUACUUUACACUCUCGUUUCUUUGUUUCCUCGAACAGAAUCUCAACAUUGCCAAGUUUUUGACACCUAUUCAUAAACUGACCUCGUAACCGCCGGGUUCUGUUGUGUGUCGGACUCAUCGGUUCACAAGUGUAUAACUGUAAAAUAAAUGCAUCCUCACGUGAUCAUGUCCCUGUAUUGUUUCAGAUGAAGACUCAUUUGAAUACAAAAGCCAUGCACCUUUUUCUGCCAACUUAGUACUGUAUAGCUCCUCGUGGACGAAAAGAAACACACGACUCUUACGGGUGCGGUGCAUUAUAACGCUCUUCAUUUCUUUUUCCUUUCACCUCACUCUCUGAAUAUCCAGUGCUCUUUGGACUUUUAAAAAAAAAAAGUGUUUUUAAUUUGUAACUAACUAUUUGAUAUAAACUCUGUUGCUGAUUUUCUACUUUGGUUUACUGUCAUUCCCCCCUGUUCAGCCCUGUGGAGGUGUUUCACCCACUUCUCCCUGGAUAUAUCAUCCCCCGAUGAGAUGAGCUCAUGUCAGUGAAGGCGUGCAUAUUUGCAUAUUAGCAUAUUUAUGACUUCCUUUUGCGCCAUGUAGGUGAAUGUUAUACAUUGCUAAUCGCAAAUUCUAAUAAACAAUCUACCCUAGUG